UCCCUUUGGUUCUUUGCAUUGUUUUUAAAUGGUUUGCAGAAAGGUAUUGAUGAGAACUGGGCAGCUGCUCUUGAACACAAUCCUGAAGCUUUUGCAAGGGUGGUCAUGUUAUAUGUUGACAUGGAAGUCAAUGGUGUCCCUUUGAAGGCGUUCGUUGAUAGUGGUGCUCAGUCAACAAUCAUAUCUAAAAGCUGCGCUGAGCGCUGUGCAUUGUUGAGGCUUAUGGAUCAACGUUAUAAGGGCAUUGCUCAUGGGGUUGGUCAAUCGGAGAUAUUAGGUCGGAUUCAUGUUGCUCCAAUCAAGGUUGGGAAUGUGUUUUACCCUUGUUCCUUCGUGGUUUUGGAUUCUCCUAAUAUGGAUUUCCUUUUUGGGCUGGAUAUGCUUCGUAAGCACCAGUGCAUAAUUGAUUUGAAGGAGAAUGUCUUGAGAGUUGGUGGAGGAGAGGUUUCAGUACCCUUUUUGCAAGAAAAAGACAUUCCAACUAAUUUUCUGGAUGAAGUUGCAAAGCAAGCCUCAAGCUCUGGAGCACAGGCUACAUCUGGAACAAGAGAGAAUAGCAGAACACAAACCGAGGGUAGUGCGCCUAACCGGUCACAGGGACCUGAAUUUGAAGCCAAAGUUACAAGACUGAUUGAGCUAGGGUUUGGAAGAGAGGCAGUCGUACAAGCUCUAAAAUUUUUUGAUGGUAAUGAAGACCAGGCUGCUGGGUAUCUCUUUGGGGCCUAAAGGUGGUUUUUGUCUUUGUGAGUUUUGUGGACCAAAACUGGUUUCCACAGCGAACUUUUUGAUAAAAAAAAAGAGAGAAAAAAAACAUUUGUGUCUCUCUCUCAACAUUCAUUGGGCCUGUGAUAGUACCUGCUUACGAAGUGUUGUAUUUUGAAUGUGAAUUAAUUUAUAUUUAAGAUUUUUGAGAGCCUA